AUGUAUGGAAACAUAUUGAUUGGUGUUAAUAUUGGCCGAAAUAAAAAUACUAAAACAGAUGUUGAACAAGAUUACACAUUAGGUAUUGAACAAUUUGGGUGUCUCGCUGAUUAUCUUGUUAUUAAUAUUUCAAGUCCUAAUACACCUGGUUUACGAGAUUUACAAAAUGAAAACGAACUAAAAAAACUUUUAACUUCUAUUCGAAAAGUUUGCAAUAAAAUAUCAUGUAAAGAUGAGCAAGAUCAAACAGCACGAACACCGUUGAUUUUACUUAAAAUUGCACCAGAUCUCAAUGAAAACGAAAUAAAAUCAAUUUCAAAUAUUAUUCGUCAGUCAAAUACAAAAGUCGACGGUUUAAUCAUUUCAAAUACAACAAUAGCUCGAAUGGACACAUUAAAAAGUGAACAUCGAAAUGAAACUGGUGGAUUAAGCGGUAGGCCAUUGAAAGAGAAAGCACUGCAAACUCUUCGUUUAUUUCGACAGCAUACUCAAGGUCAAGUUCCUUUAAUUGGUGUUGGCGGUAUCGAAACAGUAGACGAUAUUGUCGAACGAAUGAAAGCUGGCGCUAGUCUUGUACAAAUUUAUACAAGUUUAGCUUAUUCUGGUCCACCCGUAGUCAAUAAACUGAAUCGUCAAUUAGUCAGUUUAAUGAAACAACAAAAUAUAAAGCACCUCAACGAUUUCAUUGGUAAAGAAAGUUAA